UGUCAGUCAGAGGCGGCGUGGGGAACGUGGGGAGCGCUGGGAGCGGUUACUGCGCGCCGGGAGCCGAGUUUGUAAAAAUGGAAUUUCAAGCAGUAGUGAUGGCAGUUGGAGGGGGAUCUCGGAUGACAGACCUGACUUCCAGCAUUCCCAAACCUCUGCUUCCAGUUGGGAACAAACCUUUAAUUUGGUACCCAUUGAACCUGCUUGAGCGUGUUGGAUUUGAAGAAGUCAUUGUGGUUACAACCAGGGAUGUCCAAAAGGUGCUAUGUUCAGAAUUCAAGAUGAAAAUGAAGGCAGAUAUUGUGUGUAUUCCUGAUGAGACUGAUAAGGGAACUGCAGAUUCUCUGCGCCACAUAUAUCCAAAACUGAAGACAGAUGUGCUGGUCCUCAGCUGUGAUCUGAUAACAGACGUUGCCUUACAUGAGGUUGUGGACCUAUUCAGAGCUCAUGAUGCAUCACUUGCUGUGUUAAUGAGAAAAGGCCAAAACAGCAUAGAACCAGUCCCAGGUCAAAAGGGGAAGAAAAAAGCAGUGGAGCAGCGUGACUUCAUUGGAGUGGACAGCACAGGAAAGAGGCUGCUCUUCAUGGCUAAUGAAGCAGACUUGGAUGAAGAGCUGGUCAUUAAGGGAUCCAUCCUGCAGAAGCACCCUAGGAUACGUUUCCACACAGGCCUUGUGGACGCCCACCUCUACUGCUUGAAAAAAUACGUCGUGGAUUUCCUAAUGGAAAAUAAGUCAAUCACUUCCAUCCGGAGUGAACUGAUUCCAUACCUAGUGAGAAAACAGUUCUCAUCUUCCUCACAACAGGGACAAGAAGAAAAAGAGGAAGAUCUAAAGAAAAAAGAGCCGAAGUCCUUAGAUAUUUACAGUUUUAUAAAAGAAGCCAAUACACCAAACUUUGCUCCAUAUGAUGCCUGCUGGAAUGCCUGUCGAGGAGACAGGUGGGAAGACUUGUCCAGAUCACAGGUGCGCUGCUAUGUCCACAUCAUGAAAGAGGGCCUCUGCUCCCGAGUGAGCACCCUGGGACUCUACAUGGAAGCAAACAGACAGGUGCCCAAAUUGCUGCCUGUUCUUUGUCCAGAAGAACCACUAGUCCAUUCAUCAGCCCACAUUGUCAGCAAACACCUGGUUGGAGUUGACAGCCUCAUUGGGUCAGAUACACAGGUUGGAGAGAAGUCAUCCAUCAAGCGCUCGGUCAUUGGUUCAUCCUGUGUCAUAAGAGAUAGAGUGACUAUCACGAACUGCCUUCUCAUGAACUCAGUCACUGUGGAGGAAGGAAGCAGCAUCCAGGGCAGCGUUAUCUGUAACAAUGCUGUGAUCGAGAAGGGAGCAGACAUCAAGGAUUGCCUAAUUGGAAGUGGCCAGAGGAUUGAAGCCAAAGCCAAACGAGUGAACGAGGUGAUCGUGGGGAGUGACCAGCUCAUGGAGAUCUGAGUUCUGAAGAAGUCAUACUCCUUAUUUUGGCCCCCAAAAGAUAUUGGCUGCCCACCUGUUUGACUCUGUAUUUAUUUUCCAAUAAAAAG